AUGACAGCUAGGAGAAGGAGAAGAAGAAGGCGACGAUUGGGCAGGAAAGGCAGACGCCGAAGAAGACGUUAUAGGUUGAGGAGAGGAAGGAGGAGAAGACUUCGAAGAAGGUACGGUUUGAGAGGAAGAAGAAGGCGAAGAAGGUUUGGGUUACGAAGAAGACGGCGAAGAAAGUAUAGAUUAAGAAGAAAAGGACGACGCCGCCGACGACGAAGAGGACGGUGGAGAUUAAGAAGACGCCGCGGUAAAAGACGAAGACCACGGGGGAGAAGACGAUAUCGUGGACGACGAAGGAGAAGACGAAGAAAAAGAAGAUACGGGUUAAGGAGACGAAGAAGUACGUAGUGUACCUUAUUCAUGACGUAGUAUUGAUCGCAACAAUUUCUUCCGUUAUUAGAUCAAUCUUUUUACUUCACAACUAAGCACCACGAAUACAAGCUUUUAUCUCACCUUUUAGCCCAUUCGCAGACCGGCUCUAUUUUCUCUUUAACGAUCGUCGGGCGCGCGUAGGAAAAUAAAAAUCGCCGGAGAUUUAUUGACCCCUAGCGCAAGGGGGUGCCCUCAUUCUCGCGCUCCACGCUUUCUUCGCUCUCGUGCCCCUCGAUUUUCGAAAAGAAAAAGAAAACAACGUCUGUGUACAGGCUACUCGCCUUUGUUCCUUCCGCAUAUGCUAGCGCGUCCUUUUAUAAUCAAGAAUAUUUUUUGCCACAGUUAAAUGAGAAUCGAAGGUCUUCAAAAAUAAAUCCAUAUCAAGUCCUUUUUAGGGACUGAUACGUUGAGUGUCUAGUUUAUAAUUCUGGAUCUUUAAGAAGGACAACAAAUAACCUUCACCAUAAAGGCAUUCCUCUUUCUCUUUAAUGAUUAUGAUUUUUUCCCAAAACUGUAGCUCGACGUGUAAGGCGAAGGCGAAGAAGAUAUGGCCGUCGAAGAAAGCGUAAGUGGUUUAUUGAUUUCUUGUUACUGAACCGUGCAGUUCACACUUAUCACGACAAUUUACAAUUUUCUUCUUUUUCAUUUGUUUUUAAAUGGCUUAUAUGUUUACAUGGGACAUGUUUGAAAUCUUGAAAGGUCAUUAACCUGACAGAUCACAAGGAAUUUGUAUUUAACCACACCUUUAUAUACUAUGUUUUAUCCUGCUUUUAUACGUUCGCUACUCCUUAUAUAUAGAGAUUCUUACUUAUCGUACUCGCAAACAGGUCGCCGUAGAGUGUACUUCCGAGGGCGUUACAGGCGCUUGAAACGUGGAGGUAGAAAAUGGUCCGUGAAAAUUGGUACAAAACGGUACAGACUACGA